ACGGUCGUUUCGUCUUAGGGCAUAUUCGAAUAAACGACGUCGUCUUACAUUCGAAUCGAACCUGCUCCGAUCAACGUCGAUCGUCUUCUUCCUCUCAGUCUCUCUGAUCUGGUUGCUUCAACGUAAAAUCUCAAACGUUUUCAACGUAAAAUAGGUUUGGAGAUGAAUUUUUCGUUUACUUAAAUUCAAACGUCUUCUUGGAACUGUAUCAUAAUCCACUUGAGAGACAUUUGCUUUCGCUGAGGCAUUUCGUCGAACAGUUAGACGACGACUUCCAUAUAGAAAUCGAAGGCACUGAAAAUGGAUAAGCUUCUUGAGAAUCAUCAGUUUGCGACGCAUGCUAUAGCCGCCUCGGCCUCUGUCUCGCUAGGAACUGCUCUCGCUUACCCACUGGAUACCAUUAAAACCAUAAUCCAGGUUGGUUCAGGACCCAGUAAGCAAUUAAGCCCCUUUCAAGUCGUCAACAGAGUUUUCCGCUUCUCUGGCUAUUCAGGUCUGUACAGUGGUCUUGGAUGGUUAACUUUAGGAAGAAUUUCAGGUGUUGGUGCAAGGUUCGGUGUCUAUGAGAUUCUAACAGCCUUCUACAAAGAUGGUCGACGUGAUAACUAUGUGUCAGUCGGUGAAGCUUUCCUGGCUGGAAUGGUGGGAGGUGCAGCAGAAACAGUGAUGACUUCUCCAUUUGAGCUAAUCAAAGUCCGAAAACAAGUCACUGCUGCAUCACGGUCCCCGAAUGCUGCUGCUGCUACCUCUGUUGCAGAAACCGCACCGGUUUCACCAAUGAUCACAAAACUGCUAAGACGAUACACUCUUGAUGUGAAGUCAUUGACACAAACCGUCAGUCUCUUAUCCGUCUUAAACCACAAACACCCAAACAUGACAGCCGCUUUGCAAGAGUACCCAUGGAUGAUGACUGGCACAGGAAACCCACCAUCAGCCAUGGAUGUUAAGAGACCACUCGAUGUUGCAUCGCUUGAAGGAUGGAGAGCUUUGUGGAGGAAUCUACGUUCUGGUCUCGUAAGAGAUUGUCUUUACGGAGGAGUCUUCUUCUCGACAUGGCAGUUUCUUCACGAGGCAAUGAUUAGUUGGAAAGCAGCUGGAAUGAAUCCUCUGCCUAGUUCUGAAGAAGAAGUCGGACCUUUAUCUCCGGUAGCUGUUAGCUUUGCCGCUGGAUUAUCCGGUGCCGUUGCAGCUGCAGCAUCUCAUAGCUUUGACACAGCAAGAACACGUGCACAGUGUGUAAUAUUGCCAAAGUAUACAGCAAAAGAGAGGAAGUUUCUGAGAUGGAAUAAACCUGGCAAGAGAUUGGAGAGAUGGACAGGAAUCCAUCCUACAGACAGAAAUCUCCUGUUCCGAGGAAUUGGGAUGAGGAUGGCUCGAAGCUCUGUUGCAUCGACGGUUAUUGUUGGAAGCUAUUACUUAGCUGUCGAUUUAUUGGUUUCCAAUUGAACACAAAAACAGACAUCACACACUAUCUACGAAGCUCCCCUGAAGCUAUAACUUAGCUUGUCGAUUUUGGUUUUCUUUUGUAGCAUACGUUGUGUUAUGCAAUUAAAGGAGAAACAUUCAUGUUUAUGUCUCGAAUAUACUCUUAACAGUUAUGUAUCUGUGACAGUUACAAUCAUAUAUAAUUACAGAAUAA